AUGCGUUCGCUCAUGAUUCAGAAGGUCUUCCUCCAUCUGUUAGACGGUACGUCUAUGAAGGGGAGUGUCACUUUUCCCGAAUACUUGCACGUGAACGUAAACGUCUGCUCGAAUUCAAUGCGCAUUUCUCGUGAAAGUGUCAACAUCGACACAGCAUCUGGAGGUACCAACCCAGAGCCAAAUAUUGAGGUCACCGAAUACACUAUCUUUUCCACUGAUCCUACCACUUAUCAGGAAUGGUUGCAGAAAAUUGCCGAGUGGGGAUGGGAUAUGCAAUUUCAGUAA